CUAUGGAGGGGCUGGAGAACAUGGCAUUUGUCUCAAAUGCUAUAAGCCUUGUGACUUAUUUCUAUGGGUAUAUGAACUUCAGCUUAACAAAAUCUGCCACCUCGCUUACCAACUUCAUGGGAACUUCCUUUUUAUUAACACUGUUUGGAGGCUUCAUCUCAGACACAUUCUUGUCUAGAUUCAAGACUUGCGUCUUGUUUGGAUUCAUAGAACUACUGGGAUACGCUAUCCUAACAGUUCAAGCACACUUCCAUCAACUAAGGCCAAUACCUUGCAAAGGUGUUGCUCCAGAUCAUAUGAAUCAAUGUGAUGCAGCAAAUGGGAGCCAAGAAGCGAUUCUUUUCACUGGUCUUUACCUUGUUGCAUUUGGUACUAGUGGGGUUAAAUCUGCUUUGCCAGCCUUGGGUGCUGACCAAUUCGAUGAAAAGGACCCUAAGGAAGCAGCUUAUUUAUCUAGCUUUUUCAACUGGUUCUUGUUUAGUCUCACCUCUGGAGCUAUAAUAGGUGUCACUUUUCUUGUCUGGAUAAGCACCAACCAAGGCUGGGAAUGGUCAUUUGCAGUGUGUACCAUAUCAGUCUUGUUUUCUAUACUGUUCUUGUGCAUGGGGAAGUCCCUGUAUCGAACUAAUGUGCCUAAAGGAAGCCCCAUUCUUCGCAUUGCUCAGGUUUUUGUGGCUGCAAUACGAAAUCGAAAUCUUCCAAUCCCGGAGAUGACAGAUGAAUUGCAUGAAAUUCAUGACAAAGAAGCAGGGAAGCAAGAUGAAAUCCUAGAAAGGACUGAUCAAUUCAGGUUUCUUGACACGGCAGCAAUUGUAAGGACAAACAAUGGUGCAUCAACAUCAAUCACCCUUGGACCCUGGAGCCUAUGCACAGUUACACAGAUUGAAGAAACAAAAAUCCUACUUCGCAUGCUCCCAAUUAUACUUAGCACAGUCUUCAUGAACACAUGUUUAGCUCAACUUCAAACUUUCACAAUCCAACAGAGCACCACAAUGGACACAAGUUUUAUUGGAUUUCACAUACCUGGCCCCUCAAUUCCAGUAAUCCCCCUGCUUUUCAUGUUUGUUCUGAUCCCCAUAUAUGAUCGCAUUUUUGUUCCACUAGCUCGGAAGAUCACAGGAAUUCCCACUGGAAUUCGAUACCUUCAAAGAAUUGGGGUAGGGCUAGUGCUGUCAGCUAUCUCCAUGGCAGUUGCUGGAUUUGUGGAAACACACCGCAAAUCUGUAGCUAUUGAACACAACAUGGUCGACUCUAUUGAGCCAUUGCCAAUGAGCGUGUUUUGGUUGGGAUUCCAAUAUGCCAUUUUUGGAGCAGCUGAUAUGUUCACCUUGGUUGGACUGCUAGAAUUUUUCUACGCAGAGAGCUCAGCUGGGAUGAAAUCAUUGAGCACAGCCAUCUCAUGGUGCUCCUUAGCUUUUGGGUAUUUCAUGAGCUCAGUGGUGGUGGCGAUAGUGAACAAAGUUAGUGGUGGAUGGUUGGCUAAUAACAACUUGAACAGAGACAAGUUGAACUACUUCUAUUGGUUGUUGGCAGUGUUGAGCAUUGUAAAUUUUGUUUUAUAUUUGGUGUGUGCAUCUUGGUAUAGAUAUAAGAAGGUGGAAGUGAAGCAAGUAGAAAAUUCUGGUGAAGCCGAUGCCAAGGGAAAGGCUGAAUUGGUAGGAAUUUAGAAAUGUUAGAAGAAAACAGAAUUUCCAAAAGGGUUUCCU